AUAGUUGGCAACGCUUCAAUUACACAGGAUUGCUCAGCGAUGUAGUAGAUUUUGACAUUUUGUUUUUCUGCCUCUUUAUCGUCGUUUGUUGUAGGCAUGUUUAUUUGCCGCUUCGACAUUUCCAAGGCUUCCGUUGAUUUUUAGUAAUGACAGCGAGCGAAGUUUGUUCGAGUUUGUUCAAAACGAAUUUUGGUCUUUUGUGGUGCGGUUGUGAAGCGCGGACAGAAUAUAAAUAAGGUUUUCCACUAGUUAUCGUUGUCGGAAGCUGCGUUUAAUUCAAUAAACAGUAUAAUAAAAAUUAGCAGAUCGUACUACAUAAAACAAAUCGUUAGCAUAUCAUGCGAUGCUAAUUAAGUGUUCUUAACAAGUGAAGUGUACAGCUGUUGCUGACAGAAUUUAUCUUAAAUUCGAAAGAUAUUGGAAAUGAAAUAUACAUAACAUAUUCGACGCUAACUUAUACAAUUAAUGUUGUUUGUUAAAAACCAAGUGCUGUUGGUGUCGAAUAUAGUGUAGUGCAAUUGAAAUACAAUACAUAAAUGCAAUAAUAAUACAAUAAGUGUAGACAUAUAUUAUAAGCAAUUAACGCGGUUCAAUUUAUAUCAGUUAUCUACCGAAACAAAAUCCCUUGUAAAUGGUAAUAAACUUGCUGUGAACACUAAUCUACGAGAAGUCCAUUUAAUAACUAACAUCUCUGAAAUUAACGAAAAAGUUCGCGAAUAUAAACGAUUUCAAGUAAAACCGUAAUUCGCGUAUCGCCCAUUAAGUGUAUGCGUGUGCGUGCGUGUAUUUGUGGAAGCCUAUGUUGUAUGCCUAAAAGCAAUGGCUACGGAGCCAUUUUUAACUGCCGUCAGGACCACAAAAACAACCACAACAACACAGACAAGAAAUUCGAAGGAUAUAGCGCAUACAACGCGAAUACAACAAAUUAAGACGCAUGAAAAAAGCAAAACAAAAACAAAAGUGUCAUUAUCAAAUGUUACAGUGGCCGCGAAUAAUGUGCAACACUGCGGCUGCAGUCCACACACAAACCUACAGUUAUUACAAAGCGGCAAAGUCAAAAAUGUGAACGAAAGUGCCAACAGGUGUCCACAGCGAAGAUGGCACACGGCUGUGGUAAGCAGUUGUUGUUGUUGCCUUGGCAUCUUACAGCACAGGAACAGCGGUUUGAGCGUCAGCCGUUUGCUGUUCUUAACGCUUUUAAUUACCUGCUUCGUUGGCGAUAGUCUGCAAAUUAAAAAUGGUCACAUCUCACCCGCAUUAUCCACAGCGUCUUCAACCGCUAUUUCUUCCUUUUCAUCGUCUUCCGCAUUGCCCAGCAGUGCAAGCGCUUCGUCGUUUAUGCCCUCAACACUGCUAUUCACCACAUAUCAUGACAUACAAGUCGCGAACAUUACACGACCGACUGGUAGUCCACAAAUCGAAGUCAUCGUCAAAGAUCUCACCGAAACGAUGGCCAUCGAUUUCUAUUAUGCACGCAAUCUAAUUUGUUGGGCUGAUUGUGGACGCGAGGUUAUCGAAUGUAUAAAUGUUAAUACUUCGGUGCCGUUGGUAAAGGCACCCAAACAAACUGUGAUAUCUGCGGGUCUCGAUAAACCCGAAGGACUCGCCAUCGACUGGUAUACGGAUAAGUUGUAUUGGACGGAUGGCGAAAGAAAUCGCAUCGAAGUAGCCACGUUGGAUGGUAAAUAUCAGAAGGUGCUCUUUUGGACGGAUUUGGAUCAGCCGCGCGCUAUUACGGUGGUACCUUCAAAGCGUCUACUCAUUUGGACCGAUUGGGGUGAGUAUCCAAGAAUAGAACGCGCCAGCAUGGAUGGUGAUCCAUUGACACGCAUGACAAUCGUGAAGGAUAAUAUCUUUUGGCCAAACGGUUUGGCCGUUGAUUUGAAGAAUGAUGUCGUUUACUGGGCGGAUGGUCAUUUAAAAUUUAUCGAUGUCAUGAAAUUUGAUGGCAGCAAUCGUCGUACAGUUGUUGGUAACUUGGAUUAUCCGUAUAGUGUAACAUACUUCAACAAUCGUCUGUUUUGGACCGAUUGGUCUAAGGGCGGUUCACUAAAUACUUUCGAUAUAAAAACACGCGAGUUGCGCGAGCUCAUCGAUACACCGGAAGCACCGAUUACCUUGCGCACUUGGGAUCCCUCGCUACAGCCGUUCGAAGAUAACCCUUGCGUGCAUAACAACGGCAAUUGCUCACACAUUUGUCUGCUUUCAACAAAUGCAAAGGGUUAUAGUUGCGCUUGUCCGACGGGUGUGCAAUUGGAAACAGAAACAACUUGCGCAAAUGGCUCACGUGAAAUGUUAUUCAUCGUGCAACGCGGUCUGCUUAGCAAAAUUUCUUUGGAUAUGCCGGACUUUACCGUAUUUCCAUUGCCAUUGGGUAAAGUGCGGUAUGCAAUUGCAAUCGACUAUGAUCCGGUGGAAGAGUACAUUUAUUGGUCGGAUGUAGAGGCGUAUGCGAUACGUCGCGCACAUCCAGACGGCACAGCCAUACAAGAUUUUGUGACGUCCGAAGUGCGCCAUCCCGACGGUUUGGCGGUGGAUUGGCUCGCGCGCAAUCUUUACUGGACCGACACAGUUACAGAUCGUGUAGAGGUAUGUCGUUUGGACGGUACGGCGCGUAAAGUACUGAUCUAUGAAGAUCUAGAAGAACCACGUGCCAUUGCGCUGGCACCCUCGCUUGGUUGGAUGUUCUGGAGUGAUUGGAACGAAAAGAAACCCAAGGUUGAGCGUGCAUCACUGGAUGGUUCCGAACGUGUGGUGCUUGUAUCCGAAGACCUUGGUUGGCCCAACGGUAUAGCUUUGGAUAUUGAAGCGAAAACCAUUUACUGGUGUGAUGGCAAAACCGAUAAAAUCGAAGUCGCCAAUAUGGAUGGCUCUGAUCGGCGUGUCGUCAUAAGUGACAAUCUGAAGCAUUUGUUUGGCUUGAGUUUACUGGAUGACUAUCUUUACUGGACCGAUUGGCAACGACGUGCCAUCGAUCGCGCACAUAAAAUUACCGGCAACAAUCGUAUCGUCGUCGUUGAUCAAUAUCCAGACCUCAUGGGACUGAAAGUAUCGCGUUUACGUGACGUCAAGGGUUCGAACGCAUGUGCGGUACGCAAUGGCGGCUGCUCACAACUUUGCCUUAACCGGCCCAGUGACUACGUCUGCCGUUGUUCGAUCGAAUACGAGUUGGCGAACGAUAAGAAGACAUGCGUCAUACCAGAAGCAUAUUUGCUUUUCUCGCGGCAAGAGCACAUUGGACGCAUUUCCAUUGACAACAAUGAAGGUAAUCACAAUGAUGAAAAGAUACCGUUUAAGGAUGUGCGUGAUACGUACGCUUUGGAUGUGGAUGUGGCGGACAGACGCAUCUAUUGGACGGAUCAGAAGUCAAAAUGUAUUUUUCGCGCAUUUCUGAAUGGUUCUUUCGUACAACGUAUUAUUGAUACUGGUCUGAUAUGUCCGGAGGGCAUUGCGGUCGACUGGCUGGCGCAUAACAUUUACUGGACCGACUCGGAAGCGCGACGCAUUGAAGUUGCACGUUUAGACGGCACCAGUCGCCGCGUGCUGCUUUGGAAGGGCGUCGAAGAACCGCGUUCGUUGGUAUUGGAACCCAAACGCGGUUAUAUGUAUUGGAUCGAAUCACCAUCGGAUUCGAUUAGGCGUGCCGGCAUGGAUGGCUCUGAACUGCAAACAAUUAUAUCGGGUGCGAAUCAUGCCACUGUACUCACAUUGGAUCCAGAAACACGGCGGCUCUACUGGGCGACACAAUCGGGUCCAACAAAAAUCGAAUCUGCCGACUGGGAUGGCAAAAAGCGUCAGGUACUGAUCAACACCGAUGUCGACGAACCCUGUGCGAUGUCGCUAUAUCAAGAUUAUGUCUACUGGAGUGAUUGGAAUACGGGUGACAUUGAACGCGUACACAAAAUAACUGGACAAAAUCGUAGUCUCGUGCACAGCGGCAUGACUUAUAUACGUUCGCUGUUAAUAUUCUAUCAAAAUCGCCAGGUGGGCACCAAUCCAUGCACGAUCAACAAUGGCGGCUGCUCGCAUUUGUGUUUAGCGCAACCGACACGUCGUGGCAUGGUGUGCGCCUGCCCAACGCACUACACUUUGGCUAAGGAUAAUGUGUCUUGCCUGCCACCCAGAAACUACAUCGUCUAUAGUCAGCGUAAUAGCUUCGGCCGGCUGUUGCCCAACACCAGCGAUUGUCCGAAUGUACCGCUGCCUGUGGUGGGAAAGAAUAUACGCGCCGUGGAAUAUGAUCCAAUUUCGCAUAACAUUUUUUGGGUUGAGGGUCGCAGCCAUAGCAUUAAACGCUCACUCGCCAACAGCAGCUACAUUAAGAUCUUGGUAGGUUCGGGUGCGCAGCCUUUUGAUAUUGCCAUUGAUGUGAUUGGUCGUCUGCUCUUCUGGUCCUGCUCGUACGCAAACACCAUUAAUGUAACGAGAUUCGACGGCGAUUCAAUAGGCGUAAUCGAUACUGGCGACUCGGAGAAACCGCGCAAUAUUGCCGUACACGCCAUGCGGCGUCUACUCUUUUGGACCGAUGUGGGCAGUCAGCAAGCCAUCAUACGUUCGCGCAUUGAUGGCGCUGAGCGUGUAGUGCUCGCCUUUAAGUUGGAAGGCGUCACAGCACUGGCGGUGGAUCAGCAAAGCGAUAUGGUCUACUAUGCGCAUGGCAAGCGCAUCGACUCCAUGGACAUAAAUGGCAAAAAUAAAAAAAUUCUGGUUUCCACGCAAAUCUCGCAAGUCAUCUCGCUAGCCGCACUGCAGGGUUUCGUCUAUUGGUUGGAUGAUAAGACCGGCGUGGAGCGUAUAACCGUCAAUGGUGAUGGUCGUCGACCGGAAAUACAACGUCUGCCACAAAUUACCGAUAUUGUCGCCGUUUGGACGCCAGAGUCGAAACUGUUUCGCAAUCAUACCUGUCUACACAGUCGCACCAAAUGCUCACACAUAUGUAUCGCUUCAUCAGAGGGACGCGCGCGUGAUAUUUGCUCUUGUCCGAAGAGUCUCAUGUUGCUCGAGGAUAGACAGAACUGCGGCGCUUUGCCCGCCUGUGGCCCCGAUCAUUUCACUUGUGCGGCGCCCGUCAAGGGUGAUGGCUCCAGCAGUGAUACGAAUAAGGAUUGCAUACCAGCCUCGUGGCGCUGUGAUGGCCAAAGCGAUUGUCCGGAUAAAUCCGAUGAGGUUGGCUGUCCCACAUGUCGACCGGAUUUAUUCAGUUGCCAGUCGGGCGAAUGUAUCGAUAAAGAUCUAGUUUGCGAUGGCACUACAAAUUGUGCGAAUGGACAUGAUGAGGCGGACUGCUGCAAGCGGCCGGGCGAGUUUCAAUGCCCCAGCAAUAAGGUCUGCAUUUCGGCCACACUAGUUUGUGACGGUUGGGAAAAUUGUGCCGAUGGCGCCGAUGAAUCUGCCGAAAUGUGCUUGCAACCGAAUACACGCGCCAUGGCGCCUGCAUCGGAUAAGAAAGCCUUCAUGAUACUCAUCUUUGCCACCAUCGUCAUCAUUUUUUCCAUAGUCUACCUGCUACAGGUUUGCCGCACUCGCAUCGGCAAAAGUCGCAACGAACCCAAAGAUGAUCAGGCAUCUGAUCCACUCUCACCAUCUACACUCUCGAAAUCACAACGCGUUUCGAAAAUCGCCUCUGUGGCCGACGCAAUGCGCAUGUCCACGCUGAAUUCACGCAACAGCAUCAACUCGUAUGAUCGCAAUCACAUUACCGGCGCCUCCAGUUCAACCACCAAUGGCAGCAGCAUGGGCGCUUAUCCCAUUAAUCCGCCACCCUCGCCAGCGACACGCUCACGUCGCCCUUAUCGUCAUUAUCGCAUCAUAAAUCAACCACCACCGCCAACACCCUGCUCCACGGACAUUUGCGACGAGUCCGAUUCGAAUUACACCAGCAAAUCGAAUAGCAACAAUAGCAAUGGUGCUACGAAAAUUUCCUCAUCAUCGGCGGUCAUAUGCAUGCAAUAUCAGUAUGAUAGUGAGCCAUAUCCGCCGCCGCCGACGCCACGCUCCCACUAUCACAGCGAUGUGCGAAUAGUGCCGGAGUCGUCGUGUCCGCCGUCGCCGUCGUCGCGUUCGUCAACAUAUUUCUCACCGUUGCCGCCGCCGCCAUCGCCAGUGCAAUCGCCCAGCCGUGGUUUCACGUAACAUUUCGAGAUUUACUUGUAAAAAAUAAUAUUAAGCCCAAAUGUGCGUGUGUUGUGCAUAAGUAUAUGUGUGUCUGUUAAUUUUUUUUGAGCGUUAAAAUCGCAUUUAAACAUUUAUAACGGUUUAAUGCUGACUUUAGUGUUUGUUUGUGUGUUUGCGCAUAUGUUUCCAUAUAAGUAUGCGUUACUGUGUUUGAAAAUGUAACUUAGUUUAAUGCCAAUUGCAAUGACGUAACGUUCAUAUCAUGAAAAAAUGCUUCCGUUUACUUAUACCGUUACUUUUAACGAGUAUUCAUUAGUCCUAAGUGUAGUUAAUAUGAAAUUUGUGCGUUUGUUGCGAAUAUACUAGUAUGUACAUAUGUAUAUGCUGUAUAUUUGUGUAUAUUGUUUGAUAAUAUGCACUUGUCACUAUCUAGCUGCUAUAAACUCUGACCCUUAACGAAAUUAUAGAUUAAAGUAUCAAUUUUGAAAUUUCCUUAACAUAUUUUUUCUGCUUUUCGUUUUAAAAUAAAUUGUAGAUUCAAGUACUAAGUUUAGAAAUUCUACAAAAACGGCCGUUUUGUAUACAGAUAUUGUUAUAAUUCAGCACUUUUUUGAAUUUUGAAUUUGAGGUUA